AUGUUUGUGACAAGAAGAGUUUUAUCAUCGAUUUGUCAUAGUGAGAAUCGACAGUUUAUCUCUUUACUUUAUUCAUCGAAAAUGUUUUCAUCCACGACAUCGACAGUUGGUUCCACAUUAUUUACAUUGUCAGAAUCACAUACGAUGUUAAGACAAACUUGUCGUGAUUUUGCUGAACGUGAAUUAAUGCCAAUUGCCGGUGAUUUAGAUAAAAAACAUCAGUAUCCAAAAGAACAAAUCAAAAAAUUAGGUGAACUGGGUUUGUUGUGUGUGGAGGUAGACGAGAACAUAGGUGGAUCAGGAUUAGAUACAUUGGCAUACGCAAUUGCAAUGGAAGAAAUAAGUCGUGGAUGUGCAAGUACUGGUACAAUUAUGUCUGUAAAUAAUGUAGGACCAAUUAUGAAAUAUGGAAAUAAAAAUCAGAUUAAUGAAUUUGCAGCUCCUUUUUUAAAUGGUGAUCGUGUUGGAUGUUUUGCUUUAUCAGAACCAGGUAAUGGAUCGGAUGCGGGUGCCGCAAGUACAGUUGUGACAGAUAAAAAUGGAACACAUUAUGUGAUGAAUGGAACAAAAAGUUGGAUAACUAAUGGAUAUGAAUCAGAAGCAACGAUAGUUUUUGCCACAACUGAUAAAUCAUUAAAACAUAAAGGAAUCAGUGCAUUUCUCAUUAAAAAACCAAUUCAAGGAUUAACACUAGGAAAAAAAGAAGAUAAAUUAGGUAUACGAGCGACUUCAACGUGCAAUCUUAUAUUCGAUGAUUGUGAAAUACCAAAGGAAAGUUUAUUGGGAAAAAAAGGUGACGGAUUUAAAAUUGCAAUGGUUACGCUUGACGCAGGUCGUAUUGGAAUAGCAUCCCAAGCACUUGGCAUAGCUCAAGCAGCUUUAGAUUGUGCAAUUGAUUAUGCAACUAAACGUCAGGUAUUUGGUAAAUCAUUGACAAAUAUACAAACCAUCCAAAUGAAAUUAGCUGAUAUGGAAAUGCGAUUGCAAUCUGCACGUUUAUUAACAUGGAAAGCAGCUGCAUUAAAAAUGAAUGGUGAAAAUUAUUCAAAAUGGGCAGCGAUGGCCAAAUUAUCUGCCAGUGAAUGUGCCACGUUUAAUUCACAUCAGUGUAUGCAAAUAUUGGGUGGUAUGGGAUACGUCAGUGAUAUGCCUGCCGAACGCUUUUACCGUGAUUCGAGAAUAACUGAAAUUUAUGAGGGUACAAGUGAAAUUCAACGUCUUGUUAUUGCCGGCAAUCUUCUAAAAGAACAUGGUGUUUAA